GCCUGCUGCUCAGAGAUAACGAGAUAGUUCCGCCACCCGGGACUGAACGUGGACGACCGGACACUGCGGGCCUUUUCGGUCUAUCAAAACCCUCUUGCGCUUUUCCGCUUUGCACCCUCGCUUCUCGGGAAUCGUAAAAAUUUCCAGUUGAUUCGUCUAGACUGCGGUGACUGACACUGCAGCCUACGUUCCGCACGCAGAGCACAAAGCCCCAAUUUCGACACGCCAUCGUCGUAGGCUCCCAACCCGACCAUUUUCAAAACAACCUCACAGACGAAAGAAUAUUUUGAAUUUUUCUCCUGCGCGGUGUUCGAUCAUGGCUUACUGAAAUGUUGCCUUUCAAAAAUUCUGGUUUGACUCCGUGCGGAGGGGCUUAUUCCUCAACUAUUGUUAUCGCUUUGUUUGACUGGAGUACACUUCAAGAUGGACAAGAAAUCAACAUGGUCGAAUCUCACUCCGGCUAAACAGAGCUCCAGUAAUUCUGACUGCAAGAAAAUUCAAGAUGGAACCAGCACGUCUAAAGGCUUCAACAAAGGUCCCCGCAAACGAGAAGGCAAUCAACCUGCCCUGCCCAAGAAUGAAUCGUUUCACAGAAGGGGCAAAGCCUUUGAUAAGAGACCAAAGCCUCGCAGUCAGUAUAAUGAUGAUAGAAAGGAGGAUUCCCAGGUAAAGGAGCGCACAGAUGACUUUGACUUGCUCUUGUAUCCGGAAAGGAAGAAGGUCAACUUGAACCAUCUUUUGAAUUUCCACUAUGCUCCAAAAGAUGCACAGAGGAGCUCAGAUAUUCGUGGACACCACUACAAAAAUGGGCCUCAUAGAUUCAAUAAGGAGCAGUUUCUACAAGCAAAUUGUCAGUUUGUUGUGAAAGCAGGAGAAGACUACAGCAAGCACCUAAAUGACGCUGAUGCCUUAGUGCAAUGGGAUUCUAUCGAACAAAUCCGAGUUUUGACGUCAGCCGAGUUGUCAUGUCCCAUCUGCCUAUGUAAACCUACAGCUGCGCGGAUGACGAAGUGCGGUCAUGUUUACUGCUGGCCAUGCAUGCUGCAUUACCUGGCUUUGGGUGAAAAGUCAUCCCGCAAGUGCCCAAUCUGUUACGAAAAUGUGAAAAGUGAUGACCUGAAAAGUGUUGAGGCUGUGUAUCUGCAAGAGCUGAAGGUUGGUGACAUUGUCAAACUGAGAUUGAUGAGACGUGAAAAGGGAUCCACUGCUGUGCAACCCGUGGAGGACAGCUCUGAAACUACUAAAGGAAUAGAGGGACAUUUCUGCAAAUUGAUUUUUGCCAAACCCAAUGAGGUACUGGAUAUCCUCAAAAAUGAAGGUUUGGAAUUGCAAGAACGAUUCAUUUCUGAAGAGCAAUGUCCUGAGCAAUGCUUCACAAUGCAAGCAAUGGACUUGCUGCAGCAACGCAAAACUCUUGUUACUACUGAGAACUCAAAUCAGCCAAUGAACAUAGCUACCGCACAAGUUGAGGAAGGCAACUAUUUGGACGAAGCUUCAAAUGCGUCUCUCAGAGAUGAAAACUAUUCGCGAUCUUUACCAAAUAGCGAAAUGAGCUUUAAGUCAGGAAGUACUGACGAUGACGAUGCUUGUUUCCCGUUGCAAGGUAGAGAUGAAAGCCGCAAAUUCUACUACUUCUACCAAGCUGAAGAUGGACAGCAAGUGUAUUUGCACGCGUUGAAUGUGCAUAUGUUGGAGCACAUGUAUGGAAGUCUUGCUGAAUCGCCGACUGUCAUCAAAGGGCUGAUCGUUGAAAAGGAUGCCGAGUCGAUGACACUAGAGAUGAGACACCGGCUGCGCUACCUUCAGCAUCUUCCGGUCACGUGCCAGUUUGAAAUAGUCGAGUUGGAAUUUAGACCGCCGGUUGUCUGCAAGCAAACGCUGGAGUUUUUCAGAGAGCAGGUUGACACGCGCAAGAAGAAACGGCAGCAAAGGGCUAGGAAGGAGCGCAGAAUUGAGAAACGCAACUUGGAAGAGGAGAACAAACGAAUGGGAAAGUACCCGAUGCCGAAUGUUUCCAUCGAGUCCCUUGAUCACUUCCCAGAAUGCAGUACUAGAGAUGAUCCGUCUUUCAUGCCGCUUAUGGAAGAAAUGGAAGCGCUGUCAGUUUCCCCUAGUGUUCCUUCCGGUCCUUCCUUCUCUCAGAUGUUGAAGGUACAGACGGGUCGCAAACUCAACCCAGUUGCACCAACAUCAAAGAAAAUUGACAUGGCUUCUGAUGAAGAUAAAGCACAUGAUUUGGAGGGUUCGCUUCCACCACCAUCAUUUGCUCAAAGCUUUGGAGACUCGAUCAUGAUGGCUUUGCAGCAAGUUGAAAGUUCUGGUGCUGACAUUGAAGUGAAUGGAUACACGAUGGGAGCAUACUUCCCUGAAAACAUCCCUCUGUUGCGGCUAGCCCGGGGAACCCCUUAUGGCGCCGCCGGUUCGUCGUCUGCUGCCGGUUCCGCCUCCCUAGGAGUGGGUCUUGGCCUGGGUCACCAUAAGAAAGGUGGGGUUAAGGGUCAAGGAGGGGUGAGAGGGUCCAGUGGGUUGGAAGGGUGCCACCUUGGUGGAGCUGAUGCUGCGAGGGGUGGAGAAGUUACAUCUAACGCCGGAGCAAACGCUGCCAGUCUAGCUGGCGGUGCGAUAGGGGGUGGUUUGGGGUUGGACUUAAGCGGAAGUGCCAGCAAAGCACAGGCUGGGGCUGAAUCUCUCACCGUUGGGGGUUCAGGGGCAGCGUCUGCGGCUAACAGUGGCGCACAGUCAGGAGCCGGAAAUACUAAUUUGGGUGGAGGGUCGCAUUCGGGACACAACGAAAAUAUUAAUGAGGGUGGUUCAGGACACUCUCAUGUGGGUGGGAUUGCAGGAGGGGUUAAUAUCGGUGCAGUUGGCUCGAAAGAAGGGUUGACGAAGCCUGCUCUGGGCUACGGGGGCAGCAGUAACGGUGUGGUUACGGGAAGCGACUCUCUAAGUGGGGCCUCUUCACAAAGUUCCGGUUUAGACGUAGGAUUGGGACUUAAUGGGGGUGCUUCUCACUCUGGCGCCCACGGUGCAGAAAUUGGACAUUCAGGAGGCGCGUCUCAUGGGGGUGGCGUAGGGGGGGCUUCGGGGGCCGCAGCUCAAAGCGCCAGUGAAAGCAACGCUGCCAGUUUGGGACACUCGGGUGGCUCGGGACACGCAGGAGGUUUAGGAAAUUCAGGAGGUCCAUCUGCAGGGUCGCAUAACGGUGGUGCAGGGUUGGACCUCGGUUUGGGACUCGCCGGUGGGGCUUCUGGGGCUGCAGCGCAAAGUGCCAGCGGGAGCAACGCUGCUAGUUUGGGACACUCUGGGGGUUUGGGACAUUCAGGAGGCGCCUCUGCAAGUGGAGCUGAAUCGCAAAGCUCUAGCGGAACAUUGGGUUUAGGCUUAGGGGGUGGUCUGGCCGGAAGUUCAUCCCAAAGUGGUGCCAGUGCUCAAAGUGGGAGUGGAGGUUUGGGUCACUCAGGAGGAGCGUCCCAGUCCCAAAGUUCCGCUUCUGCUCAAAGUGCGAGCGGCGGUUUAAACCUUGGUGGCCUUUUGGGCCUCUCGGGCAGCGCUUCGCAAGCGAGCUCUCAAAGUUCUAGUGGGACAAUCUCGAAAGGUGGUUUUGGGUCAGGUAGUGUAGCUGGGUCUCAAAGCAGCUCGGGCAGUUUUGGUGGAUCGGGCGCGUUGGGAGGCGCAGGGAGCUACUCUAGUUCUUCCAGUGGCAGCUUUAGCAAUGCUGGCACAUUUGGAGGUGGGGUGAAAGGGGGUCAUACCACCAAGGGACAGGGUGGCUUGGGCCUUGGCCUAGGUUUAGGGCUUGGAACUGGCGCCGACAUUGGACUCACCCUUGGCUAAAAGGAGCAAAAAACUUAUCCGCAAUCGACAUCCUAUGAAUUUCACUUGUUGGGAGCUGCCUUUAGAAAUUAUACCUGUGAUCAGCGGCAGUGCAGUUUUGGAAUAAAAUAAUUUUGUUUAUUACACCGACUGCAAUAAAAAUCAUGUGUGCCAUGGAAAGAA